AAAUAUUUCAUUUUCUAACUUCUUAUGAGAGAAUAUGUGAAAAUUACCUAUUCAAGAAUGUUUAUUUUUGGAGUGGAUAUCUACUUACAAACGCGCGGGAGUUACAAACUGUUAACUUUCUUAUCAACGAAAUUAAUUUGAACUGGCUAGGUGUUUUUUUGGUAUUGAAAAAGUAUAAUAUAUAUUUAAAUAUUUAUGAAUAAUUCAUGUCCCCCCCAAGUUGGUAAUCAAGCCCUGAGUUAAAUGGCUGCGUGACUUUUGUCACCUUCAGUCAUAAACAAGAUGCUGCCAAGUACAGGUCGAGGACUCUUUUAUUUAGCUUACAGCGGCUUGAAAAUUUUAAAACCAAUUGCUGUUCAAACUAUUAAUCGACAGAAAUUGUUGUCUAAUAGAAAUAAGUACAACACCGGAGUAUUUCUAGUAUCCUUGUCAAUUUUUACAUCUAAUACAAAACCUAUCGAUGAUAGUGAAGAAAAUGAAAUUGAGGAAGAAAUAAAAUCAAAAAUAAAGGAAGCGGACUUAUUGUAUAAGCAAAAUAAAUAUAAAGAAGUUUACAAUCUAUUGAAGGAAUAUGAGGAUUCAUCUGAAGUGGAAGUUCUCUGGAGGCUUAGCAGAGUUUUGUACAAUAUUUCUCAAGAACAUGAAAUGAGACCAGAUGAAAAAAAAGCUCUUAUUUUUGAAUCAUUCGAUAUAAUCAGUCGGUCUCUUGCUUUAGAUGAAACAAAUUUCGCAAAUCAUAAAUGGAUGUCAAUUCUAUUAGAUGCUCGAACUGCUUAUGAUGGUAUUAAAGCUAGAAUAUCUCAUCUGGGUUCAGUAAAAAAUCAUAUGUUGAAAGCUAUAGAAUUAAAUCCUAAAGAUGCUACUACUCUUUACAUGUUGGGUUUAUGGUGCUAUCAAAUAACUGAUAUGCCGUGGUAUCAGAGAAAAAUAGCAUCUACUGUGUUUGCCGCACCACCGGUUUCUUCUUACGAAGAAGCCUUGGAAUAUUUUAUUAAAGCUGAAGAAAUAGAACCCAGAUUUUAUAGCCAGAAUUUAUUGAUGCUUGGAAAGACAUAUCUGAAAUUGAAAAAAGAAGAUAAAGCGAGGUACUACUUAGAUUUGGCUUGUCAUUAUCCCAUUGCUACUGAUGAUGAUCACUUAGCUAACAAAGAGGCAUGUGAACUUUUAAAAAAGUUUAAAACUAUAAGAAGACAAAAGGAAGGUGAUGUAUGAGUCAUGUAUAUAAAUAUGAGUUAUAAAUUAUAUAAAUAAAUUUUAUAUGAGUAUUUUCUAUGUUACAUAAUUUUUAGCUACUUUGUUUAAUAAAAUACUUUUUAUAUAUUU